CCUGCUCAGUUUGUGACACUUCUGUUAUUCUGGGUGCCUCUGCUUACGUGUCAGGUUUGAGCAUAGAGUUGGAGACUGGACCUGGCCCAGUGGAGACGGACGCAGACAGCCACAGGCCUCUGAUGAGCGACGACGAGGAAGAGGUGGAAGUGUUUGACAAACACUGCCAGACCAUCCAGCAGGUAGAUGAACCGGUGUUUGAAUCCCCUCAACCCAUCAGCUUCAUCCAGGCCUUCUGUCUGCCUGGAGUUCUGCCGUAUUCUUUGGCGUUCGCAUGUCUGAAGCUGGUCAACUACUCCUUCUUCUUCUGGCUUCCUUUCUACCUGAGCAGCAACUACGGCUGGAAGGAGGCGGAGGCCGACCGUCUGUCUGUGUGGUUCGAUGUGGGAGGAAUCGCCGGUGGAACUGUUCUGGGUCUGAUCUCUGACCUCGUAGGAAAAAGAGCUCCGGUGCUGACGGUCAGUCUGGCCUUGGCCAUGGGGGCUUUGGUGGGCUACAGCCGGUCUCCUAAUGACAAGCUGAUCAACAGCGUGCUCCUGGCACUGACGGGUUUCUUCGUGGGCGGUCCGUCCAACAUCAUCUGCUCUGCUAUAUCUGCUGACCUGGGCAGACAGGAGGCGCUGAGGGGCAGCCAGGAGGCUCUGGCUACAGUCACUGGAAUAGUAGACGGAACUGGGAGCAUGGGAGCCGCAGUUGGACAGUACCUGGUUUCCCUCAUUGAGAGUAAGCUGGGCUGGAUGACUGUGUUCUACUUCUUUGUCGUCAUGGUAAGUGGACUUUACGUUUCUUAGACUGAAUUAGUGACAGUUAUGACGGGG